AGAGUGCAGCUCUCGCCUCACACUGGUGUCUGGAGCGCACGCCGAGAAUACACUCUUCUUAUUCACGACUGAGCUUGACUGAGUUAAAGCGACCCUUUCUUUGUAUUCUGACAGGGUUCAAUCAGACAGCCUACAUGUGUGGGAGAUUAUGGGCGGGUCCAAGUGAUACUGCCGACUUGUAGGUUCUUCCAGGCCGGUGACGAUGCUGAUGUUGAUGAUGAUGCUGACAAAGCGCUCUGGGAGAGAUGGUAAAGUUUGUUUGGGGGUGAUUUCACUUGCUUGAAAUCAUCCAGCUGGGGCUAAAGAGCUUCAGUGCUAAAGCAGGAGCUGCUUGGAGUGUCAAGGAAGGUAGAAAAAAAAAAAAAUCACGGAUUGGAGCUUUGACACAGAGGCUUGGAGAUGAACUUUCGACAUCUGCUGUUUGGGUUGUUGGCCACAUUCACCGGCACCAUAACAUCAGGGUCACGAGUGCGGUUCGAAGACAGCGCCCCCUGGAUCACGGAGGACCCGUCCGAUUUGAUCGUCUCCAAAGGGGAGCCGGCCACCCUCAACUGCAAGGCAGAGGGCCGCCCGCCUCCUAGCGUGGAGUGGUACAAGGACGGCGAGCGCGUGGAGACGGAUAAGGACGACCCCCGCUCGCACCGCAUGCUCCUGCCCAGCGGCUCGCUUUUCUUCCUGCGCAUUGUCCACGGCCGUCGCAGCAAACCCGACGAGGGCGUGUACACCUGCGUGGCACGCAACUACCUGGGAGAGGCCGUCAGUCGCAAUGCUUCGCUGGAAGUUGCUAUCCUCCGAGAUGAUUUCCGUCAAGCCCCGAGUGACGUGGUGGUGGCCGCCGGCGAACCUGCCGUCUUGGAGUGCGUGCCGCCGCGUGGUCACCCGGAACCCCUGGUGUCCUGGAAGCGCAACAAUGUCAGGGUCAACACGAAAGAUGAACGCAUCUCAGUGCGCGGGGGCAAGCUGAUGAUCUCACACACCAGGAAGGGCGACGCGGGCAUGUACGUGUGCGUGGGCACCAACAUGGUGGGCGAGCGCGACAGCGACCCCGCCGAGUUGGUGGUGUACGAGCGACCCGUGCUGGUGCGCAGACCGGUCAACCAGGUGGUCAUGGAGGAUGACACCGUCGACUUCCUGUGCGAGGUCCACGGCGAUCCUCCUCCGACUGUGCGAUGGCGGCGAGAGGAUGGGGAACUCCCCCGAGAGAGGUUUGAGAUCCGCAAUGGAAACAGCCUGCGUUUAGUCCACGUGAAAGAGCACGACGAAGGAACGUACACGUGCACGUCAGAAAACAGCGUGGGCAAGACGGAGGCCUCGGCCAUGCUGCAAGUGCAUGUGUCACCUCAGAUCGCAACCAAGCCGCGGGACCAGAUCGCCUCCCAGGGGAGGAGCGUCGCCUUCCAGUGCGGCACCACGGGUAACCCCCCGCCUGCCAUCUUUUGGCAGAAAGAGGGCAGUCAGAUGUUGCUGUUCCCUGGCCAGCCGCCAUCCCAAUCAGGUCGUUACACCGUGUCCAUGAAAGGCGAGCUGACCAUCACUGACGUCCAUCCGGAGGACUCUGGCUUCUACAUCUGCCAGGCCAUCAGCGUGGCGGGAAGCGUGCUCAGCAAGGCCUUACUGGAGGUGGAAGGAGGACCUUCAGGCCAGAUCCCUCCAAUCAUUCGCCAAGGCCCUGCCAAUCAAACGAUGUCCCUGGGCGCCACAGCCCGCCUGCACUGCCGAGUCAUCGGAGGACCCUCGGUCAGGAUUUCUUGGGAGAAGGACGGAGACACGAUUGAGGCAAACGAUGCUCGCUUGACGGUGGCGGCGAACGGCACGUUGGAAAUAAGAGACAUAAAGGAAGCGGACUCGGGCAUGUACACGUGUGUGGCGUCCAGCCCCACCGGGGAGUCGAAUUGGAGCGGGAUGCUUACUGUCAGAGGUACUUGGUCUCUGUGUUACCGAACACAUCAUUUGCAAAACCUCUCACUGUCCCAAUCCUCAACAGAAGGCGCUGUCUCGUCCCCGUCAAGAAUUUCCGAGUUCAUCCAGCUGCCGGGACCACCGCAGAAGCCCGUGGUGACCGACGUGACCAGGAACAGCGUUACCCUUACCUGGCAGUCCAACCCGCACGAGGGCGGGGCCGCCGUCACCUCCUACGUCCUCGAGGCCUUCAGCCAAUCGGUGGGAAGCACAUGGCAGACGGUGGCCGACCACGUGAGGCAUGAGCGGCACACCGUCGUGGGGCUCUUGCCCAACACCGUGUACCUCUUCAUCGUCAGAGCCCUCAACUCAUACGGCCUGAGCGACCCCAGCCCCAUCUCGGAGCCUGUCAGGACGCAAGAUGGGAGUCCUCCAGAAACAGGCGUGGACCACAGACAGGUGCAGCGGGAACUUGGCGAGGUGUCGGUUUACCUUUCAAAGCCUGUCGUUCUGUCUCCCACCAGCGCCAAGAUUUCUUGGACCGUGGCCCGUCAUUCCCAAAACGUUCAGGGUUACCGCGUGUUUUACCGUACCGUCGGCAGCUCCUGGCUGGUCCAGGAUGUGGAGGCCACGUCGGACCACAGCGCCGUCUUAGAGGAUUUGCUCCGCAACACUGAAUAUGAGGUGAAGAUAAGGCCUUACUUCAAUGAGCUGCAGGGUCACGACAGCCUCAUGGUGUUGCUGCGCACCCCGGAGGAAGUGUUGAGCGCGGCGCCGCAAGCGGUGUCGGUGGUGCAGCUCACCAACAGCUCCAGUAUCAGCGUGUCCUGGGAGCCGCCGCCUCGUAGCGCUUAUAGCGGCGUCGUUCGAGAGUACAAGGUGUGGUGUGUGAGCAGCAGCUUGGACCAGGAGAAGCACGUCAACCGAACAGUGGACGGAGCCGUCGUGUCCAUCCUGCUCACCGGCUUGCUACCUGACGUGCGCUACGCCGUCACCGUGGCCGCCGUCACCAGCCUGGGCGUCGGCACCCCCAGCUCACCUGUCCACCUUGUCCUCACUCCGCCGGUGGGCUACACCUCCACGCCGGUGAGGAAAGGCGCCGGUGGCGACGUGAGCAUCUCGGAGCAGAUCACCGUGGUGGUGCGGCAGCCGGCCUUCAUCGCCGGGCUGGGUAUGGCCGCCUGGUUGGCUCUGAUGGGCCUCAGCGGGUGGUUCUACUGUCGCCACCGCCGCAGGAAACAGCUGGGCCACUACACCACGUCCUUCGCGUACACACCGGCUGUUGGCUUUGCUCACGGUGAAGGAACUGAAAUCAUCAAUGGAGGGCCGGGCAUGUUGGGAUCAAACAUGGGCAACUUCCCGUGGCUGGCCGACUCGUGGCCCGCUCCUAACUUGAUGCACAACAGCAAAGAUUCCAUCAACUGCUGUUCCGACAAACUAAACUCGGAGAAAUACUACAACGCUGUCGGUAUGGCCAACUACCACUCGGAGAAGCGCAACAUGGCAUCCGGCGACAGUCCCAUCUACAGCACCAUCAACGCGGCGGCCGAGGAGGACCUGCUGAGCUAUUACGACACCUACUCCAGCGCCUCCUACAAACAGGGGCCCGACCCGUAUAGCAGCAGCCCGGCACUGUCCAACAGUGGCCUGGUGGCUCUGGAGCAGGACUUGGACCAGUGGACUGCCCAAUCGGGAAACUCCACCUCAGAAUACGCCAAGCUGCACUACACCAAGAAGAGCAACGAGAAACUGGUCAAGCAGAGAUCCAACGGGUCGGUAUGCACGCCAGCGCCUCUCACCUGGGUGGACGUGCUGUCUCUUCCUCUUCCUGCCAACAAGAACGGACAUCGCCCAGAGGUGGACGGCGGGGACCAGUGCAGCUCCGGGGAGGAAGACGACGACUGGUGUCCCCCGCUGCCCGCCAGAACCUAUCUGAUGGACGAACCUUCCGCCGCCCUCCAGCCGUUACACUCUGCUACGUCCUCCCCUCAGCGAGACCCGUUGAACCCCACCGACAGUCCCCGUCCGCAGCACGUGGACCUGCUGGCUAGUCAGCACUCCUACUUUUCCCAGUCCAACCCGGAUCUGUUCACCAAGACCGCUGAGGUGCACCAUGGUAGCAGCCGCUGGGCAGAAACCUUGAGGGGCAACGGCUUCUCCAAAGGACAAUCUCAUGCCGCGCUCGGCGAUUUGAGCCCCGCGGCUCUGGCGCACAGAGGCAGGAACAAGAAGAAAUCCCCCAAGGAUGGAACACUCAGGCGGGAGCCACACAGCCAAGCAGAUUUGCCCCCUCCUCCAUCCCCCCCACCCCCUGAGAACUCCUUGCAGCCUCUUGCCAAUGUUGUGACCCUCGCAAGCGACAACCAUGUCUCCUCCCACCCGAGAGCAGCCGCAAAAUGGUCAUCACAGGAUGAGAAUGUAAUCCAGUACGGGUCGUCCAACCAGAUGUCCGGCUAUGCAUCGCUGGUCGGUGUCUUUACCCAGUCCCCAGCUUCUGGACAGAACCUUAUGUGAGCCGACAUCCUCUCAAUAUCCUUCUUUGUGAGCCAUCCAUUAAAAAAAGUGUGAAAAAUAAAUGAAGGACUUCACAUCCAAGCUGUCUGUAAAAUGUCCAGACUCAAUCCAUGGGACCUUUUCACAAUUCCUACAGUGUUUUGUCAUCCUGGAUUAUUGAAAUGAAAAUAAAGUGUAUAUAUUAGCUCAUGCUAAUCCAUAGCCACCAUUAAAUUGUGCACAUCUACGACAUA